CUGCACUGUGAUUUCUCAACAACACGAAAACGUUAGAGCCACUAUGCUUCUAUCGCCUCAGAAAGGGAACUACAGCAGUGCUCUUCAUACAACUGCUGGGAAUUAUGCUUGGUUUCUUGGGCAGAGGGACGUUCACAUCACCAGCGAAACAUGGAUAUUACAUAUUUAAUGCUAUCGAUUUAGGUCAGUAGACAUACAAUUUACCACGAUUUUCCUGCUCGACUACGUUUAUCGCGUCGUCAGUAUGGAGAAGAUGCUCUGCAGUCCGCAUCCUGGGACAAAUAAAACGAACUCUGCUUCACUGCCGUCGGACAAGGGGAAUUCGGCGAGACAGAUCGGACGAGCUGGUUCUCAUAGCCCCGGCUCGGCUUCACUUGGGAGCGGGGCCGGUGGAGGAGUGAGUCGGGGUGGUUUUUUAGGAAACAGUAUGAAUUUUCAGCAAGCGUGUAAGCGUCAGUUAGAAGGAGUGUUGAGCAAAUACACAAACUUAAUUCAAGGAUGGCAGAACAGGUACUUUGUGCUGGAUCCAGAGCUGGGACAGCUGCAGUACUUUGUACAUGAACAGGGCAAGAGCCAGAAGCCCAGGGGCUCCUUGCCUCUGAUUGGUGCAUCGGUUGUCCAGAGUGAUGAGGCACCACACAUGUUUAUCGUCAACUCGUUCAAUGGCGAGCUUUACAAGCUCAGAGCAUCCAAUGCCAAAGAGCAGCGAUUCUGGAUGAACCAACUCCAAGCAUGUGCCAGACGCCACUCCGACAGCAGUGCCAAGGUGUGGAAGUUGAAGGGGUCGGAUGAGCACCUGAAUGUGGAGAGAACGACGGGAGGCAGCCAGGAGGGGCUGGGCUCAUCAUCUUCCGGUCGGUCCCGUAGUGUCUCCCUCCUGCCAGCCUCCUCUUCGCCUGGUACCCAGAGGCACUUGGCGGGUUUGGGCACACCCAGCAACAUCGUGACCAUCACCCACCACAAGUCUCCAGCCGCUGCCCGACGGGCCAAAAACCAGUAUCCUGGCAGACUGCUGGAGGUCAAAGAGGUGAUGAGCCAAGCAGAGUGUCAACAGAAGAACCUGGUCCAGUCCAUCGAGUCCCUCCCCACGCGAGGACCCCUUUCCUGCCUGGACCAGGACCUCCUGCUCCUCAAAGCCACGUCAGCUGCCACCAUGAGCUGCCUGGGAGAAUGCCUGAACAUCCUGCAACAGACCCAGACCCACAGCCAGCCCCAGGCCUCCCAGCCCAACCACACCUGCGGACCCUCCUCCGAUGGUGUUCCUGUGUGGACUGUACCAAAUUCCCCCUCGGGGGAGCAACUAAAGAACGGUGGCCCAACCGCUCUACGCUCUGCAGAGCCCUCCCCAGCCCUCAGGAAAAGAAGCCCCCAUGGUGCUGAGCACCCAGCAGGGUUGGAGGCCAUCAGCCCCAGUGAGGAGGUGACUGACAUGGAGGACAAUGAGGAAGAGGACCUGGGAGUGCUGGACGACCAGCGGAGCAUCAUCCUGCACCUCCUCUCCCAGCUCAAACUGGGCAUGGACCUCACCCGGGUGGUGCUACCCACGUUCAUCCUGGAGAAACGCUCCCUGCUGGAGAUGUACGCUAACUUCAUGGCCCACCCGGACAUGUUCCUGUCCAUCACGGCUGGAGCCACGGCGGAGGACCGCAUCGUACACUUUGUGGAGUACUAUCUUACCGCCUUCCACGAGGGCCGCAAAGGAGCUGUGGCCAAGAAGCCCUACAACCCGGCACUGGGCGAAACCUUCCACUGUUCCUGGGAGGUGCCUCGGGACAGAGUGAGGCCCCUCAGGUCUCAGGGCCCCAGGGAACCAGCCUCCAGGGUCCCCAACAACACCCAACCGCAGGACGGUCCGUCGGGGAGCGAGUGUUACCGCGUUCGCUUCAUGGCCGAGCAGGUGUCCCACCACCCGCCUGUCUCAGGGUUCUACUGCGAGUGCCCAGAGAGGAGGAUGUGUGUCAAUGCCCACGUGUGGACGAGGAGCAAGUUCAUGGGCAUGUCCAUUGGUGUGUCCAUGAUAGGGGAAGGGACCUUAUGCCUCCUGGAGCAUGACGAGGAGUAUGUGUUCACUCUGCCCUGUGCCUACGCCCGCUCCAUCCUCACCGUGCCAUGGGUGGAGCUGGGUGGCAAAGUCACCAUCAACUGUGCCAAGAGUGGAUACUCUGCCACCGUCACAUUCCACACCAAGCCUUUCUAUGGAGGGAAGGUACACAGGGUGACUGCAGAGGUCAAACACAACCCGACCAAUACCAUUGUGUGCAAGGCCCAGGGGGAGUGGAACGGAACCCUGGAGUUCACCUAUAGCAGCGGGGAGACCAAAGUGAUUGACACAGCCAAACUGCCAAUCAUCAAGAAGAAGCUCCGGCCUGUGGAGAAGCAGGGACGGAACGAGUCCAGGCGGUUAUGGCAGCAUGUCACCAAGUCACUGAAGGAGGGGAACAUUGACGAGGCCACGGAACAAAAGCGGCGUCUGGAGGAGCGCCAGAGAGGGGAGGAGAGGCAGAGAGCUGCAGUCAACUCGCCCUGGACACCCAAAUAUUUCAGUAAAAAGGGAGAAGAUUGGAUCUACCACAAUCCUCUGUGGAAAUCUAACUGACACAAGAACCAGACUGCUCUAAUGGACACUAAGAGAGCCUCUAUCCCCCUAAACGAGGGGCCAGGCAAGGAUAAGGAUGGAACUGCCACUCGCUCUCCAUUGGGACCAGAGAUACUGACUCUUAAUGACAUGGACAAAGGUCCCACUCAUGGGAAUCAAGUGCUUUCCACUUGAACUACGAAGGUGGGAGAGACCGAUGUAGCUUUUUAUAGUAUUCGAGGUUAGAGAAUUUCAAUUUCUUACUUUGCCAGGGCCUUUUGCAAAUGCACGGUAUGACAUGAUUUGCCACUGGUAUUUCUUUCCAGUUGUGUUGACACACACAUGAUCCUUUUCGGUUCAAACGCCUUUAUUUGUCACGCAGCAUCAGAAUGCAGUGGUAGGAGGAAGACGGCAAAUAUGCUUGGAGGUAUGUUGUUACAUUAAUUCCUGACAAAUGCUGUUGACUAGGAGCAGUCUUAUCACUUUCAGUUGCUAUUCUAUCCAGACCUUUGACCAUUCCUGAAAUGACUCUUUGCCUCUGUUCUUCCAUGCACUACAGAUUUCCAUCACUCUUAUUACAGCCGUAAUCCCAUACCAUCACCCUUUUACUUUACACAGUCAACACUCCAUUGGAUCCCAUCUUCCAGGGAUGUGUCCUUAGCAUUGAUAUCGCAUAAUUAAGCUGGAUCUGUACCCAGCUCACGACUCAUGCUAAUAUCUCAGUGAGCCACAACCCCAUUCUCAGAGGGGCACCGUCUCUCCACAUGUCAAUCAGGAUAUGAGGUACUGUGGUGGUGGUGGUGGUAAAGGGGAUGUUUUGGGUUAUACAUAGCCAUUAUAGAUUUACAUUUUCCCAAAUACUAUAUCGGAUGGCCUUUAUUUAGCCAAACAUCUAAUGGAAAAUCAUUUGCGCCACCUUUUUGUUCUUAGAAAAGUGAUCAAUGUUAUAUUGUCAACCAUCCAUGAUUAUAGACUGAGGGGCUUGCUGCGUUACAUUGUAGUACCUAUACUAAUGGCAGGAUCAUCUUGCAGUGAAGAAAAUUAGCUGUCACAAAGCUGUCCAGUUUCUUGUAGCACUCAAGUGUGUUCUUGAAUUAGUGACCUUGACAUCUGGCAAUAUGCAGAUGCAUGCAUUUGAUUACCGAGUCUCCAGCACUCAGUAAUCAAGACGUGCAGAUACACAUUGUGGGUUAUUUGGAAAGAUUUGUCCACAAAGAUGACAUUUUAUUCACCAUGUGUCUCAAAUUGAGAUAUUCUGACUGUAUUUGGGUUUUGUAGAGCACGGUGAUGUACCCAAGAGCUUGAACCAAACUCCUCAUUCAUUUGGAUUAAAAAAACCUAUGCAACACCCCAUUUGUUAUUACAUAGGUUGAAGGUAGGAAUGGGGGCAUAAUUGUUUUGUUCUAAUAAAAUGUGCCCUGGCAAUCACUG